AUGGGUGCCUCAACCAUUGCAUACAUUAUAGGGGAUUAUUUCAUUGAUAGGGCCCUGUUAGAUUUUGGAGCUAGUGUCAAUUUGUUGCCAUACUCUGUGUACGAGGAAUUCGGGCUUGGCAAGUUGAAGCCCAUUACUGUCACACUCCAGUUGGCUGACUGUUCCCUCAAAGUGCCACGUGGCAUGAUUGAGAAUGCCCUAGUAAAGGUCGAUAGGUUUUAUUUUCUUGUUGAUUUUGUGGUUUUAGUUAUGGAACCGAUAGCCAGCUCUAGGAAACAAAUCCCGAUGAUCUUAGCUCGACCUUUCUUGGCUAUGGCUAAUGCAUGUAUUAAUUGUCAUGCCGGGGUUGUGGAUGUUCCAUUUGGGAAUAUGCAAGUGAAACUUAAUGUUUUCCAAGCAUCCCAACUACCCCAUGAAAAAGAGGAGUGCUUAUUUGUGGAUAUUGUAGGCGGGAUAGUAAAUGAGGCUUUACCCUCCAUUCUUAUAAAGGACCCUUUAGAGGCUUGUUUAGCUCAUUUUGGAUUUGACGAUUUUGAUAUUGACAGGUCAGUUGAGGAAGUGAAUGCUUUACAUAAUUCUUCUUCUACACCAGAUUUUCCUCCGUGGAAAGUCCGGUUUGAAUCCCUUCCUCCUCUGUCUAGAGAGUCUGCCAUACCAUCCUUAAUCACACCACAUACACUUGAGUUGAAGCCAUUCCUAACCAUACUCAAGUAUGCAUUUUUAAGGCAUCAGGAUACUUUACCAGUCAUCAUUGCAUCUAACUUAACUGCAUAG